AUGGGGACGAAGAAGCAGCGCGGCUACCCAAUUAAAGAGAAGCUGGCGGCAGUCGACCUCGUUGAGAGGAUCGGGCUCACUGCCGCCGUUGAGAAGCUGGGCCACCCGCACGGCACGGUGCAUGGGUGGUGGGUCGGUAGGGCCACGGUGCGCGUCUACGAGGGGAACAAGUUGGACAAGACGACCAAAGGGCAGGGACGUAAGGAAAGCUUUCCAUUUACCUCUGCCCUUUUGACGUACAUGAAAGACGUACGCCGCGACGAAGAAUUUCUUACUACAUCAGGAAUGAUUGCGUUUAUUCAAGAGAACUACCCUGACUGGAUAGAGGCCUACGCGGAGAACAAGAAGUCUGACAGUAAGUACGGCUCAUACUCUCUACCGGAAAUCUACAACAUGGAUGAAACGGCCAUCCAGUUCGACAUGCCGCCAGCAAGAACCUAG